CUCGCAUAGGUCGUUGAUGUGUCGCAGGCUCGCUGCCAAGCUGCCCCAGAUUCCAUUUUCUGCCUCUCGGGCGCUGCACGGUCUCACGGUGACCCCCUCGUUCUCGGCCUGCCCGUGCGGAAAGGCCAGCUAACCUGAGGUUUAACAGUUCGUGGUUGGUUCAACAACCGCAUCAAGAACCACCAAACCAGCGGCGCGAAGCGACACCACUUCGGCUCAAAUUCCGAAACGACAUUAUCUGAAUACCUUCUGCACGCUCAUUUCCCCCCUCCCCUUUUCCUAUUCCUUCGUUUUCUUCAAUCCCAUUCUUCUGCAUUUAACCCCCUUGCGGGCUUCUAUCGAAACAACGACAACAACAACAACACUAUCAUUACUACUCCUCCCCCUUCUCCUCCUCCCAAAGCAGAUCCGCCGCAUCGUUAGGUUAGGUUUCUGGGCAUCAUGAUGUUGUUGACGUCGGCACUGUCGGCCUUGUGGCUGGCCACGGCGGCACACGGUGCUGUGCAGCAAGAUGCAGAGGGCAACGUGAAGAGCAUUGGAGUGAGUUCCGGAAGCUCUGCCUCGCGCCAUUCUGCGCAUGGUACUAACGCUUUCUUCCAACAGCUCAGGACGCAUAGCUUGAACCAGCCAUACUUGGACUCGGACAUGCAAAGUCGGUGGUAUGACUUUGGAGGAGACACCAUUAUUCGCACAGACCAGUACAUCCGUCUCACAUCCGACCGGCAGUCGCAGACGGGCAACCUUUGGUCCAAGGUGCCCUUGACAGCAACCAACUGGGAAAUCGAGGUCGAGUUCAAGAUCCACGGAAAGAACACGCUCUACGGCGAUGGAUUUGCCAUGUGGCUCACGAAGGAGCGCGGGAGGGAAGGACCUGUUUUCGGCAACCAGGACCGAUUCGAGGGUCUCGGCAUCUUCUUCGACACGUACAAGAACAACCGGCCCGGCGUCGUCUUCCCCUACGUCAUGGCCAUGGUGGGCGACGGCCGGACCUCGUACGACAAGGACACGGAUGGCAAGAACCAGGAGCUGGCCGGCUGCUCGGCCCGCGGUAUCAGGCACGCCAGCGUGCCGACCAAGUUCAAGCUGUCGCACUUUCAGGAUAAGUACCUGAAGCUCGAGCUGCAGUACAAGAACGAGGGCGAGUGGGUUCUCUGCUUCGAGACCAACGAGCCGCCCACGAUCCCUCCUGUGGCCUACCUUGGUUUCACGGCCGAGACGGGCGAGCUUAGCGACAACCACGAUAUCAUCUCGGUCAACGCCAGGAACCUCUACACUACCGCUCCGCCGACCAAGUCUACACCUGGCAGCGGCAAGGGCAAGAAGGUGACGGGUCAGCAAACUGAGGGCAGCUGGACCUGGUUCUUGGUGAAGACUCUCUUCUUCUUCUUUGCCGUGGGAGGCGCCUAUGUCGGAUACACGGCGUACAGGACGAAGCAGCAGCGCAGCCAUCGUUUUUAGGGGAUAGGAUAUGCGGUGAUUACAAUGGAGUGGUGGUGGUGAAUCGCGACACGCAAUCGAGAAGAGGAGAAAAAAAGAGGAUGAGGAUUCGCACAUAUAGUUUCUGCAUCGGCGCGGGUGGCACGGACGGUCUAUUUUCUUUUAUGUUUGUGUACUUUGAGCUUGCCCCUCUGUCGAAGAGGUGGUAUUCCGAGACGACUGCCCUUUACUCAUUGCGACGGUCAAAAUGAGACUUUUCCUAUCUAUCUGCCUUUACCUGUUCCCGAGAUAUAUAGGCCCUGAUCCUGGAGGUGACUGUACUUGUAGAAGAGGCGCGGGUUCCAGCCUUUUACAAACUGCCGACAAGCGGGAUCCUAUGCCGGUGGGUAUAAUGACGGGCCGGGUAGCCUCCCCGAGUGUCCGCCGAGUGUCAAUGGUCGGUUGAUAACAGUAUUCCCAACU